AUGAUAUGCCCACCGGAGUAUAAGCCUUCGAUAUCGCGUUUACGUCAAAGUUUACGAUUAAGAUGUAAAGAGUAUUUUCGCGAGAACAGUCUUCAUGGAGUACCUUAUUUCGUCGAUCCGACACGUCCAAUAAUCGAAAGAGUAAUAUGGUUUAUCUUCACAAUUGCUUCAAUAAUCACAGCUUUUGGAGUAAUUGCAAUAGUUUGGAAUAAGUUCCAAACCGAGCCGAUGCUUACCGGGUUGGAUACGCAAUCAGACCACAUGGAUGUUUAUUUUCCUAAUGUGUAUCUCUGUCUAAAUUGGAAUGGUUUAGAUGCAUCACGUUUAAGCCAGAAGGAAAAAGAACAUUACAAGGCGAUUUACGAGUGGAAUUGGAAACCCUUGAAUGUUUCCCUUAAUUACGAUGCACCCCAAGGUGGCUAUAGAAAGCUAUUUUAUCGGCUUGGCCCGACUUGCAGUACCAUUUACUCCAACUGCACAUUUGGAGGGAGCGACGCGAAAUGCGAAGAUCUCUUCAAAAAGGUGCUUACGGCUGCUGGAGUCUGCUGUCAUUUUUCCGCCAAAUUACUCCAAAAGGUUUACUCAUCUUGGAGCUUAACAUUCGAAACCGGCUACUACCCUGUAAGAGUAUACAUUGCUGAAACAUCCAUCGGGCCUCCUGUUCGUGAAGAUGAGCCUACAUAUGUAUUUACAAACCCAGCUGAGAUGCAUCUUACCUUGCGGACUACUCAAACGACGACGAUGGCUCGUUUUUUAACUCAUUCGCAGCGAAAAUGUAUCUUCGAUGACGAGGGCCCGACAUUCAACGAAUGUCAGUUAGAAUGUUCAGUGCGGAAAAUUGAUGCCAAGUGUCAAUGUCUACCUUGGUUCCUAACUUCGGAACCUGAGAAAGAAUGUCCAUUCAAGAAGUACUCUUGUUUGUCAUAUGAUAAGAUGACCUUACGGCGCCCAAAAUGCUCCUGCCUCUUGUCGUGCCAGCACACCUCCUACGAUUUUUCUAAAGUUAAGGAGAAAAAGGAGUCAGAGUCCUGCGACAUCAUUAUUCCUAAUUGGCCUACUGUGCAAUAUGUGCGACAAGUUCGAUUCGGUUGGUUGGAUUUGGUGGUGUCAUUCGGAGGAGUAGCAGGAUUGUUUGUCGGAUACUCGUUAUUAACGAGUGUUGAGCUGAUAUAUUAUUUCACCUUAAGAGCGUACUGCGGAGCUGUACUUGCCGUGCCGAAAGCGAGGGUUAAUGUAAUUAAGGUAAAGGUUCGUAACCCGAAACCUGAUAAUAAGAAAAAAACAGAAUUUAUUCAAAGAUAUUAUGAUUAUGUCGAAUAA